AUGGAAAUAAAGACACAGGAGUCAAGAUACUGGUUAUCACAACUGAAUGUCGGACAGAAAAGGUCAUUUCGUUCCCCUCCUCAACCUCGACCUCGCAUAACAACUCCCCUUUAUCUGGUCUACUCUCUUAUCAUAGCUGACCUUCUUAACGCCACCGCUACUGGUGUCCGGCUGAUCUCCACGCUGUGGCCAAAGACUCAUGCGAAUGGUUAUUCUACUGAUUACUAUUAUCGCAGGACAAUUCAAGGGCCAUGUAUGAACCUCUUCCUGUCUUGCCUCCAGUUUACGGCCUACAACGCUCUUCUACUGAGUAUUGUUGGACUGGCGAUUGACUUUUACCUUGGGAUAGUCCACUCGUUGCAGUACUCAGGCCUUGAACGUCCUCGACUCCUGAAGUACCUUAUUUCCGGAUGGAUUAUUUCACUCUUGUUUGGAAGUAAUCAAAUCUUUUUGCCAGUUUUUGAAGAUAAUCCCAAAGUGCAGGACAACGAGCCAUUUAUUCCCUGCAGUCCUCUUAGGCGUCAUUUCCUGCUACCUAGUGAACAGUGCUUUGUGCGAAGGAAGAUAAUCGGGCACAGGCUUCAGAAAUUUUGCUACCUGCAAGGGGCCGCGAAUAUGUACAGAUCGGGUUUCUUUACGGGUGGAAUCCUAAUUCUGUCCACGGUGCUGGUGAACACAAUGUGCAUACUGGCCGUAUUAAGACUUAAAAAACAAUCUUCAAUGAGAACGCCUGCAGUGAAAGACAUCAGAGACUGGCACAGAUCUCACUCACUUCCUACGGUCAACAAACUCGGUGGAGUAGUCUUCUCCCUGCAUGGCAAGAAAGCCGAAACAAAGACGUCAAGUUUAGCUGAAGGAACCAAACGUCAGCUUCUGCGUAGGUUUUGUCCACUUCUAACCAUGCUGGUUCUAUUUCUCUUCCUCUUCACACCAGGCCUUGUCUUCGAGAUAUAUAUUAUAAGUCGUUCGCGCAGUACGUCCCCCUCCUCUUCUUCUUCCUCCUCUCCUCAAGACUGCCAAUUUAGGUUCGAUUCCUGGGUCUAUGACCUCAUAUCUAACCUGCCCAAUCUUUGUUCCCUAUUUAAUCCGCUCAUAUACUCACUAAGACUGAAUUGCACACGCCUUGGAAUGCGAAACUUGUACAAGAGGCUUACUUCUAGGUAUCACAAGGGGUUUAUUGAGAAACAGCUGCAUUUGCAUAAGAAACACAUAUUAGUGCCGCCAAACGUGGCAGAUAAUUUUAGGAUUAAACUGCCAUCAGGAGGUUCCGUUGUCAUGAUUCCAUAA